UGCCUUGCUGGUGCAAAUCAGUUGUCUAUAUAAACCAACCAACCCAACUCCUAAUCAAACACAGCAUCCCAAUCGAAUCAUUAAUAUUGUCACUGCAAUUGUUGUAUUAGUCGCAAAGCAUUGUUACUACAGUUACUGUUUGUUGUUCUUUUGAAAAAUGGCGAAUUAUGGUUCAACACCCGAAAAAACUACCGAGGAGUACUACGGGAACCCGACUUAUAACAGUAGUGCCGGAGCCGGUAGGACCGACGAGUUCGGGAACGCGGUUCAACACAGUCGGACUGAUACUGGCUACGGGACUGCUCAUGCCAAGACUGGUGAUGAAGUGAUUGUUGGACGUCAUGGCGGCCCUGCCGUACUUCAGCGCUCCGGAAGCUCUAGCUCUUCUGAAGAUGAUGGGCUAGGUGGAAGAAGGAAGAAGGGACUAAAAGAAAAGAUAAGGGAGAAGCUACCAGGUGGUGGUAACAAAGAUGACCAGUACACUCGUGGAACGCAGACCACUACCCCUUACGGCGGUGGGACGACCUACACAGGUGAAGGAGAGCACCACCAGAAAAGGAGUGUGUCGGACAAGGUAAAGGAGAAGCUGCCAGGCGGUGGUAACAGGGAUGACCAGUUCUCUCAUGGAACGCAGACCAGUACACCUUAUGGUGGUGGGACCACCUAUGCAGGAGAAGGAGAGUACCACCAGAAAAAGGGUUUGAUGGACAAGGUUAAGGAGCAGCUGCCAGGCGGUGGUAACAAGGAUGACCAUUACUCUCAUGCAACGCCAACCACGGCUGCACACUACGGCGGUGGGACCACCUAUGCAGGAGAAGGAGAGCACCACCAGGAGAAGGGUGUGAUGGACAAGGUAAAGGAGAAGCUGCCAGGCGGUGCUAGCAAGGAUGACCAGUACUCGCAUGCAAAGCCGACCACCGGUGCACAUUACGGCGGUGGGACCACCUAUGCAGGAGAAGGAGAGCACUACCAGAAAAAGGGUGUGAUGGACAAGGUAAAGGAGCAGCUGCCAGGCGGUGCUAGCAAGGAUGACCAGUACUCGCAUGCAAAGCCGACCACCGGUGCACAUUACGGCGGUGGGACCACCUAUGCCGGAGAAGGAGAGCACUACCAGAAAAAGGGUGUGAUGGAAAAGGUAAAGGAGAAGCUGCCAGGCGGUGCUAGCAAGGAUGACCAGUAUUUGCAUGCAAAGCCGACCACCGGUGCACAUUACGGCGGUGGGACCACCUAUGCAGGAGAAGGCGAGCACCACCAGGAGAAGGGUGUAAUGGACAAGAUAAAGGAUAAGCUGCCAUGCGGUGGUAGCAAGGAUGACCAGUACUCUGAUGCAAGGCCGACCACCGGUGCACAUUACGGCGGUGGGACCACCUAUGCAGGAGAAGGAGAGCGCCUUCAGGAGAAGGGUAUGAUGGACAAGAUAAAGGACAAGCUGCCAGGUGGGCAUAAGGAUAACCAGUAUUCUCAUGACACGUCAACUACUGCUGCAACUUAUGGUGGGACAGGGAACACAGGAGAGCACCAGGAAAAGAAGGGCAUAAUGGAGAAGGUCAAAGAGAAGCUUCCGGGCGGCCACAAGAAGUAGAUCAUCGUCUCGACUCGUGUAACUUUUGAGUCUGGUGUAUAAUAAGGGAGCGUCUGAUGUGAUCUCGGCUGUGUGAGACGCAGUCGUCCAGCACUGUCUUUUAAGUAUUCUGUUAACAUGUAACUUUGUGUUUCGUUUCCUUUGUAUAAAUAUUGUAUUUGUGUGCGCCAAUUUCUGGGAGCAGUAUUAUGCUAAAUGAAAUUUAAUGAUUCAGUA